CUCUACUGCUUGAACCGCCACGUAUCCUUCCUAGCCUUUACGAAUAUCUGGAUAAUGAGUGACUCGCCUACUCCUGAUACGAAAGCUGCCGAAAAGGGCAAAAAACUGACUGGGAGCACCAAGAGUACUUGGUUGUCGUUUCUGAAGAGCAUUGCUACAUUUACUGGAGACUUAUCCUCGUUAACGGCUCCCUCAUUCAUAUUAUCCAGCACUUCAUUAAUCGAAUAUACUGCGUAUUGGGCUGAGCAUCCCCAGUUGUUUAUUUCGUUGCCGAAUGGAAAGACUGCCUUGGAGCGUCAUGUUUUGGUCACCAAAUGGUUUGCAAGCACCUUGAAAAAUCAGUAUGCUGGAAGAAAUGAACGUUAUGGCACUGAAAAGAAGCCGUUAAAUCCUAUUCUCGGAGAGGAAUUCAUCGGAAAAUGGGCUACACAAUGUGGUGACACACGUCUGGUCGCUGAGCAGGUUUCUCAUCAUCCUCCCAUCUCGGCGUAUUGCAUCUAUAAUAAGAAAUGCGGAAUUCGUCUUGAGGGCUACAAUGGCAACAAGAGUAGCUUCACUGGCCCUCACAUCCAUGUGAGACAAACCGGACAUGCUCGCUUGACGCUGGAAAAUCUUAAUGAGGUAUACUACAUUACGUUUCCUAUGGUCGUUUUGGAAGGUCUUUGGUAUGGUGCACCGUACAUCGAAUUAUCCAAGAAAUCGUACAUAUUUUCAAAUACCGGCUACAUGUCUACCAUUGAAUACUCCGGACGUGGCUAUUUCACUGGAAAGCGUAAUACGUUCAAAGCUUCUAUUUCCGAGCUGGGCCGUAAAACCGAGCCAUUGUACCAGAUCAAUGGUUCUUGGACUGGCCAACUGUACAUUAAAGACUGUUCAUUGGGCAAGGAAGCUGAGCCUGAACUGUUUCUCGACUGCAAAAACUUCAAACCCAUCAAUAUUCAGGUUGCGCCUAUUGAGGAGCAGUCUGAUUUAGAGUCGCGCAAAAUCUGGCACGAUGUUGCUGUAGCCUUGGAUUCGGGCGAUUAUUCUACUGCUAGUCGUGAGAAGUCUGUGAUUGAAGAACGUCAGCGUGCACUGAGAAAGCAAGAAAAGGCAAACGAAGAACCGUGGAAGACAAGAUAUUUCAAUUGGUGUUCUGAGGAUAGAGAAUUUGCCAGCCUCUCUUCCAAGUGUCUGAAGCAUCCGUUUAUUGAAGGUUACUGGCAAUUCACUGACGCUGAGAGCAACUAGUUUUUUUUUUUUUUUUUGUGAAAGAAUGCUUGUCAUUCUUCGGUGUCUGCAGUACUUUCAACGACACUGUGUACCAUAACGGUAGAAGGAAGUCGAAGUUUUGUGGCGUUAAAUUGCUUUUUGAUGAAAAACGGAAAUGCUUCCUCCUUGUUGACUUUCACAUUACUUUGCUUCCAAACGUCUUUUUCGUUUUCCUGUUUUUGUUUUCACCCUAUCCUAAACUCAAUUUGUUCACGGUACACGAUUCGACUUUAGACUAACUUUGUGUGUACGUACACGUUUACGUACAGGGCUGUUCGCCAAAGAAUCCAAGUCUUCUCAUCUUCGGUCUUGCUUUCCACUCGCCAACCGAUGCCUCCCUACUGUUUGACUUGUUAUUUCCAUGUUUCGGGCUUAUGGUCAGUGUUGGACUUGAGUGGUUCGCACGAGAAUUUAUCGUUGUACUUUAUUACGAGUAACUUUUUGAUUGCUGUUCUAGGUGAUGAAUAGUUUAUGCUUGUAACGUUGAGAAGCCUAUUUCAUCUCAGAAUUUUGAGAAUAUAUGUAACUAACUACCUUACUAUGAAAUACUUUUCUACUUAAAUUUAUAUGACAGCGUGCGGGUGUAUUAGGAAAAGUGUAGAGGCACGAUUGUUGG